UAUCUAUCCUAGUGGUACUUGAACGCAACACUUUUUUGUGUUUCUGCAUGUAACGGUACAGCCAACAACAACGUCUGCAACCGGACUACAAGUCUAAAAAUGCCCGUUGAUUUGAGCCAGUGGACCGGGCCUCUUGCCCUGCCGGAGGUCGAGGAGAAGCCUGCACAGCCUCUGACCGUUAAAUACGACUCUGUGGAAAUCGACGAGCUUGGCAAAGUGCUCACGCCAACACAGGUGCAGAAUCGACCCACCUGCGUGGAGUGGGAAGGAUGUGACUCCAGUAAGUUGUACACUUUGGCCCUGACCGACCCUGACGCUCCCAGCAGGAAAACUCCGAAAUUCAGGGAGUGGCACCACUUUCUGGUUGUCAAUAUGAAAGGGAAUGAUGUGUCCUCUGGCUGUGUCUUAUCGGACUACGUGGGCUCUGGUCCUCCCAAGGGCACAGGUCUCCACAGGUAUGUGUGGCUGGUGUAUGAGCAGCCAGGCAGCCUGUCCUGCACCGAGACCGUCCUAACUAACCGGUCUGGAGACAGCCGCGGCAAAUUCAAGAUCCAGAGUUUCAGGCAGAAGUACAACCUGGGAGCCCCGGUGGCGGGAACCUGCUACCAGGCCGAGUGGGACGACUAUGUCCCCAAACUGUACGAGCAGUUGGCCGGAAAAUAAAUGAAUAAGACUUGACUCGAGCGUUCAGCACUAGGAAUUCCCACAGAGGCUGGUGGUCUAUAGGAAAUUCCCAUUCGUACAAGAAGCAAAAACCCCAACAGAAACAAAGCAUUUUUUUUUUUGUGAGUGUGCCACUGAAUAGUUCUUUUUAUUGAAACUGAAUAUUAUUUUCCCCCCUGUUGCCUACCUGUGACAAAUAACUGCUCCUCUCAAUGUCACCUGCACUCAUCUGCAAUAAAUCUAGUAAAGAAAUAGUAGAAAUAGUUGCAUUAUCUAUUGAAAUGUUUUCAGAUCCUGCAGUGGCUGUUUAAUGUUUGGACACCCAUUUGGCCAACUUGGAUCCUCCAGAACAUCUUAGUAUUAAGCAUUAGUAUUAAGUAUGAUAAUAAAUAAUCAUAAAUAUGAGGAAUGAUUUGAUAAUAAUUAGAACCAUUGCAUUUUUGGAGGCUGGAAACAUUUGGCACCUCGAUUGCAGGAGCAGUUUGCAGAAAGUACAUUAUUUACUGUAAAAGGUGUCAGCAGGUACAAUAACGUUUGGACUGGAGGAACUAGGCUUUAAAUUUAGUUGAGGUGAGAGACAUGAAACUGCUUUAUUUACAGUUUUAUUAUAUAUUUUUAGUUAUACUACUAUAGAUUGUCAUAUUAUAACUGGUACUUAAAAACCAGUUGGCCACUUCUGCACAGUAAAUAUGAAAUGUUGAAUACUUGACCAAUUAUGUUUUCAGCUCAAAGGUCAGACAUUGGAGCCCUUCAGCAGCCAUGUGCGCUGUCAAAAUGUUCUGAAGACAUUGACAUCAAGGCUUAAACUACUUUAACUAAGUCCUGGUUUGUUAAUCGGACAUAUGUAACAACACGCCCUUAGUUUGUGUGAUGAGCACUUUAUUUACAAAUAUAAUUAAAAGCUCUGACAGAUUCAUGCUUUCUUUUAACCUGGAAAAAAAUUAAAGUGCAUGCAAUAAUAAAGCAUCAUACUGGUCUGGUUUAUAAGAAAAUACACAGCUUGGGAGUUGUGUAAAGCAAAAAAAAAAAAAAAAAAA